AUAAAAAGAUCCUCUGAGGAGGGCACUUUUGUGAUGGCAACUUCACUUCUAGGGGUGAGUCUAAGGAGUUUCGUGCUGGUUUAAUUAGUUUCCUUUAUAGUCCUGCCGUGGGGAUUACAAUUUCUUGGGUCAGCCAGGGAGAGAGUCACUUGAUUAUGUUUUAAGCGAGAGAAACGAACGGAAGUUUCAUUUCUCAUCUACGACAUUGAGGAGCCGAGAUUGGGGUCGACUCCUUUAGCCAUGUUGGCUGCGACGUGUAACAAAAUCGGGAGCCAGAGUCCCCCUUCCUCGAUUUCGGAUAACUCUUCGUUUGGGAAAGGAUUCCACCCGUGGAAACGAGCGACGGCCAGCAGCUGUAGUUUGGGAUCCAGCUUAUCCUCGUUCAGUCGGAAUGGCGGUGGUGGGGGUGGUUUAAGCGACUCCUUUGGCACGAACACUUCCACGGGAUCCAGUGCCUUUUCCUUAACUUCUGGUACUUCGUCCAACUCCCACUUCGGAAACGACUACUCCGUUUUCCAGGCUUCUGUUUCCAACAAUUCCCAAGAACCCAGCCAUCAGCCCAUGUUUAUUUCCAAGGUGCACACGUCCGUGGACAGUUUGCAGGGCAUUUACCCGAGAAUGAGCGUGGCGCAUCCGUACGAGUCGUGGUUCAGGUCCUCGCACCCUGGCAUACCCACUGGAGAUGUGGGCACCACAGGUGCAUCCACGUGGUGGGACGUGGGAGCCGGUUGGAUUGACGUGCAGAACCCGAACGGAGCCGCGAUCCAGACGUCCCUUCACUCCGGAGGGCUGCAGACUUCUUUACACUCUCCUCUGGGGGGAUACAACUCAGACUACUCAAGUUUAAGUCACUCUGCUUUUAGCACCAGUGCGUCUCCGCACCUCCUGCCCACCGGGCAGCAUCUCAUGGACGGAUUCAAACCCGUGCUCUCCUCUUAUCAGGACUCCAGUCCCUCUCCCCUGGGUGGAGCGGGUGGUUCCAUGUUGACGGGUGGUCCGACGACCUCGUUGGCGGGAUCUCCGCGGUCUUCAGCGCGGCGCUACUCGGGUAGAGCGACGUGCGACUGUCCGAACUGUCAGGAGGCGGAGCGGCUCGGUCCAGCUGGCGCGAGCCUCCGUAGAAAGGGGCUUCACAGCUGUCACAUUCCCGGUUGUGGCAAAGUGUACGGGAAAACGUCGCAUCUCAAGGCUCAUUUGAGGUGGCACACUGGAGAAAGGCCGUUUGUGUGUAACUGGUUGUUCUGUGGCAAGAGGUUCACGCGCUCCGAUGAGCUGCAGCGGCAUUUACGCACGCACACCGGCGAAAAGCGAUUCGCUUGUCCCGUGUGUAACAAGCGCUUUAUGCGGAGCGAUCAUCUCAGUAAACAUGUCAAAACGCACAGUGCCGGAGGGUCUUCAGGGUCGGGCUCUGGGGCGAGCGGAGGAAAACGAGGCAGUGAUACCGAUAGCGAGCACAGUGCGCCCGGUAGCCCCUCGUGCCACUCACCUGACCUGUUGCAACCUCCCGUGACUGUUUCGACACCGUGUAUAAACGCCCGGGCAAACUCCCUCGAUUAACCCCAUUCAAAAUGCACCUACGCGAAGACUUGGACGGACUAGAAACCUAUUUGUCUGUGCGCAAAAGGUUGUGGUGUUCGUUUGGUAACACUUUAUAAUAACUUUCAAUAACAAGUUGUUAACUAAUAUUAUAAAACAGUUUAAAGACGAGUAGUUAAUGCACAUUCAAGAUAUAUAUAUAUAUAUAUGAAACAGGACGAACCAAAGUCUUAUGACUUUUCAAACGAUUUGAAUGUGCAUUAACUAAUUCUCUGUUAUGCUAUAUAGCCUAUUUGUGAAUGUUAUAAAUUAAAGUUAUUAUGCAGUGAUACCUGGUGUUCUUUGGGAAAGAAAUGUGUGGCCAUUUCACUUGGAUGUUGUAAAGUGAUUCAAUUUACGAUAAAAUGUAAUUUACAAUGGAGAAAGCCUGUUUUGGUCUGCACAGAUUACAUGUAACACACAUUUGGUAAAAUAAGGGAAUAUUAUAAAAAGACAUGACCUGAUAUGUGUAUUCUGAUGGAUAUUUGUCGAAUAGGUUUAUUUUACUCACUGUUGUAAUGAAACAGAAAAACAUUUUUACCAUCAUUGAAGUGGCCUGUCAUAGCUUACAUUUUUUGUUUCUCAAAACCAAACUGUGGCACUUUAUUCAUGAACACUACUUAAAUCCAAUUUCGUAAGGAUACACGACUUUUUGUUAUUUGCAUAUUAACUUCUUAUGUUCGGAAAAAAAAAAAAAGUCUAUAUAUCGCACACUGGUCUCUGUCAAACUACAGACUACACAUCCUAAAGUUUGUAUGAAAUGUACUUAUUUCCUGUUGCUGCAAAAGAAUGUACAUAUUGAAAUUAAAAUAGAAUAGACUAGAAUGAUAUUCCACGCUGAUGUAAAAGUUGGGUAAUGUAUUUGUUCAAGACACAAACUUUGAGUAGUAUUUUAGUUGCAUAUAUUGACUAGAAAAUAUCCCAAACUGU